CGUGGUUAAUGAGAGCAGUAUGGGACUACAUUUCCCGAAGUGCUCAGAGGUGGGCAGGACCCGGAAGUGAGGGCGUGAGAGGCCUCUCUGGAAGUUGUCCCGGGUGUUCGCCGCUGGAGCUCCGGGUCGAGAGGACGAGGUGCCGCUGUCGCCGGCCCCCGGAGCGCAGCCCUUUCCUAGCCCGGUCCAGUCCCAGCCGCCACCUCCUGACCCCACCGUUACCAUGAAUCCCGCCGUCUUCCUGUCUCUACCCGACCUCAGAUGCUCCUUGCUGCUCCUGGUAACUUCAAUUUUUACACCUAUAACAGCUGAAAUAACAAGUCUUGAUUCAGAGAAUAUAGAUGAAAUUUUAAAUAAUGCUGAUGUUGCUUUAGUAAAUUUUUAUGCUGACUGGUGUCGUUUCAGCCAGAUGUUGCAUCCAAUUUUUGAGGAAGCAUCUGAUGUCAUUAAGGAAGAAUAUCCAGAUAAAAAUCAAGUAGUGUUUGCCAGAGUUGAUUGUGAUCAGCACUCUGAUAUAGCCCAGAGGUACAGGAUAAGCAAAUACCCAACCCUCAAAUUAUUUCGCAAUGGAAUGAUGAUGAAGAGAGAAUACAGGGGCCAACGAUCAGUGAAAGCGCUUGCAGACUACAUCAGGCAACAGAAAAGUAACCCAGUUCACGAGAUUCAAAGUAUAGAUGAAGUCACCACUCUUGAUCGCAGUAAGAGAAAUAUCAUUGGAUACUUUGAGCAGAAGGAUUCAGACAAUUACAGAGUUUUUGAAAGAGUAGCAAGUAUUUUGCAUGAUGACUGUGCCUUCCUUUCUGCUUUUGGAGAUGUUUCAAAACCAGAAAGGUACAGUGGAGACAAUUUAAUCUACAAACCACCAGGGCGUUCUGUGCCAGACAUGGUGUACUUGGGAUCUAUGACGAAUUUUGAUGUAACUUACAACUGGAUUCAAGACAAAUGUGUCCCUCUUGUCCGAGAAAUAACUUUUGAAAAUGGAGAGGAAUUGACAGAAGAAGGACUGCCUUUUCUCAUACUCUUCCACAUGAAAGAGGAUACAGAAAGUUUGGAAAUAUUCCAGAAUGAAGUAGCCCGGCAAUUAAUAAGUGAAAAAGGUACAAUAAAUUUCUUACAUGCAGAUUGUGACAAAUUUAGACAUCCUCUUCUGCAUAUCCAGAAAACUCCAGCAGAUUGCCCUGUCAUAGCUAUUGACAGUUUUAGGCAUAUGUACGUUUUUGGAGACUUUAAGGAUGUAUUAGUUCCUGGAAAGCUCAAGCAGUUUGUAUUUGACCUGCAUUCUGGAAAACUGCACAGAGAAUUCCAUCAUGGACCUGACCCAACUGAUACAGCCCCAGGAGAGCAAGACCAGGAUGUAGCGAGCAGUCCUCCAGAGAGCUCCUUCCAGAAGCUGGCGCCCAGCGAGUAUAGGUAUACUUUAUUGAGGGAUCGAGAUGAGCUGUAAAAACUCAAGAACAUUGCAAGUCCUUCAACAGCAGCAUUGGCUUAUGUGGUGGAAAUAGUAAACCUAUAUUUUCAUAAUUCUAUGUGUAUUUUUAUUUUGAAUAAACUGAAAGAAGUUUUGAGUUUUUAA